CAGGAGUGGCUGCCUUGUCUGCCGGCAUCUGCAUUGGUGGUUAUAGGUGCUUCCUUGGCCAUGGCGAUGUUUGCUGUAGUGGGGCUCCUGAUCAUGGCGAUGUUUGUUGUUAUCAAAGCACCGAUCGUAUUUUUCAUGGGGAAAGGGUAUUCGUCGUCUUCAGAGCAGGAGGAGACGGAGUCACAGGAGGCACAGCCGGUGCAUGAUGUUGUUGGAGAUAGCCUGCCUGCUUAUGAGGAGGUCUGUGGAAAGCAAGGAACGGAAGACGAGGGAGAUAGUUUGAGCGGUGACACUGUGGUCUAAGGGAGGAGUUUACUUCUCAUGUUGAGUUUGUAGGACUACAGCGUUCUCUUGGGCAAGUGCAAGGGCUGGGAGUAAGCUACAGGGAAUUGUUGCAACAUCGGAAUAACCAUAUGCAAAGUUGGGUUGGAAAAUACAUAAGCUCGUUCAUGCCAUUGUAAACUAUCU